GUGUGCGUGUGUGUGCGCGUGGUGCGUCAGUGUGGCUGGCUAGUGCGAGGCGGUAGGACGCGACCUCCGCCUGCGAGUGAACCAUUCGCGCCGCCAGUAGUCCGCACCCGUACGAUGGCGGUGCGGACUUUGCAUCCUGGCCCAGUGGUGCUGGAGGCUGAACCGCGGCAGGUCUCCACUCUGGCACAGUGCGCCCCUCGCUGAGGCGCACACCGCACGCGGGGUCCUCGGUCCACCGUAGUGGACUCCUUCUGUGGCACUGUUGAAGAGGCUGUGACCGCCCCCCCUCUGUGACCUUCCUGCCCACUUUGGGACUGUACUCGCUGGCCCCUCACAAGGGUAGAUAAGUGACCCCUCACGCCGGGCCUACACCUUGCUGGGGGUCACACCUCCUGGAGGUUACGUCUCCUGGGGACCCCAGGGUACAGUCUCAGGUGACCCCAGAAUACAGCGCCUGGUGACCUUAGGACACAGAAUUUGAUGACCUCAGGACAAACCGUCUGGUGACCCCAGGACACAACGUCUGGUGACCCCAGGACACAACGUCUGGUGACCCCAGGACACAACGUCUGGUGACCCCAGGACACAACGUCUGGUGACCCCAGGACACAACGUCUGGUGACCCCAGGACACAACGUCUGGUGACCCCAGGACACAACGUCUGGUGACCCCAGGACACAACGUCUGGUGACCCCAGGACACAACGUCUGGUGACCUCAGGACACAACGUCUGGUGACCCCAGGACACAACGUCUGGUGACCCCAGGGUACAACGUCUGGUGACCCCAGGACACAUGCGCCGCAUGCACUAGGGUGAGGAGGGCAAGAGUGCGCAACAAGCACCGCAGGCGGCAUAGGGAAGUAGUGCGCCUGGCCAGCCCGCAGCCAACUCUUUUACCACCUGUUGGGCUGCGUAAGUGUCCCGGUGGGCGGCGUAAGUGUCCUGGUGGGCGGCGUAAGUGUCCUGGUGGGCGGCGUAAGUGUCCCGGUGGGCGGCGUAAGUGUCCCGGUGGGCGGCGUAAGUGUCCCGGUGGGCGGCGGCGGCGGCGGCGGCGUACCCGAGGGUUGGCUCCUGCAGCUUCAACUGAUCGUGGGCGUGCGGGCGUACGUGAGGAGGGGCGAGGGGCGGCGGCAGCUGGUGCAGCUGGCCAGCGGUGACCCCCAGACCGGCAGCCUGGCCUCCCCCCCACCUCCUUCACUCACCAACAUGAGGCGAACCUCACUACCCGCCAUCUCCGUGCAGCGACCUGCCUCGUCACAGUCAUGUGGAGCAGCGGGCCCCACCAGCGUGGACGGAGCCCUCCUGUCGGAGGCCCACGGGCUGGUGGCCGACAUGUUACAAGACCCCCAUCUGCCACCCACAGUCGUCUCGGGGCUCCAGGCUCUCUAUCUCCUGCUGGCGCCGCCCUCACACGCCGCCCCUUCCCCAAGGGGGCACCGGCCUACCCCCUACUUCCACCUCUCCCAGGACGCUUACGCCUCGGGCUCCGACACCGAGGAAAACCCAUACACGGGGGAGAGGCCGUCGGUCCAUCGGCGUAGCGGACGCCGGAGCGUGGCGCCCUCCUUACUGCGACGCAUGAGUACCUCCACCUGGACCACCACCACCAGCGCCACCGGCAUGCCCACCCUGGAGCCGACCCCCUGCAGGAAGAGGGCCUCCUCCUUCAGGGCCGUCGUCGAACAGAGAGAAGAGGAGGAAGCCGCCAUGGCCCUAUCCAAAGAAGCCAAGUUAAUCCAACUUGCAGAAGCGUUGAAGCCAAUGGUGCAGCAGCAGAAGCAGCAAAAGCAACAGCAGAAGGAACAGCAGCAGCAGCAGCAGCCGGGUGACGAGGACCCAGAUGAAGAAUACGUCACAUAUGUGACGCCAUGCGGCAGUCCGACGCACGCCUGUUGCCUCGAGUCCCGACUGGAUCCCAACUGCACUGGCUCCAAGAACCGCUCCUACUCCACCACCGCCCUCUACCAGGACGGAGCGAAGAGGUCGGCAGUCCGCGAGCGGCAGACUGUGUGCUCCCUGCACCCGUUGGGGGACUACGACGUCAACCAUUUGGACCGAGUAGCUCGGGGCCUCCACGACACCCACCAUAAGCCAGGGGCGUACUCAGACCGCUUAACCCGCCUCCAGAAGCUGCCCAACCAGCACGUGUGUGAGGUACUGUCUGACGACUGCACCCGGACGCAGAAUGACACCUCUGACGGGCCUUGUCACCAGAAAGAAGACCAUUUGGACUCUGAACUCUGUGAAUGCCAGUGUAGUGAGAGUGCGCGUGUCAACGCUACUGAAACUCACGCGUUGUCCUCUAAACAAACAGAAAUCAGAAAUGACGAUUCACAUCCAGCCAAUGCCAGUGUAGUGCAACAAAGACUCGGACUACGAGUGGCCACCUCGGACUAUGAGAGCUCCGAUUCGCCCAGCUCGAUAGAGACGAGCGAGGAAGCUCUGGGUGUUGGCCGAGUGAGACUCGCGGCCGCGGCCGAGGUGGCCGAUGCUGUGGUCGAGGAGCAGGAGGAGGAAGAAGAGAAGGUGGAGACCGAAGAACAAAUGAGCCCAACGACCCAAGUCCCAUUGAACGAGGUGGCUGAGGGCUCCAGAGGAUCGCUGGCACUCGAGCAAGACGGAGCCAUCUACAACCUCGACUAUUUACAGGAGCACCCCCUCCUCAACCGCAUCUCCGAGUGGGACUAUCCCGUUUUCUCCCUCCUCGACGCGGCCGGCCAGCUCAUCCUCAGCCAACUGUGUUAUCGGGUGUUUACGGAGGUGGGGCUGUUCGAGACCUUCAGGAUCCCCACCAAGCAGUUCCUCAAUUACUUCCACGCUCUCGAGCUGGGGUACAGAGACAUACCUUACCACAACGCGACCCACGCGUCAGACGUACUGCACGCCGUCUACUACCUCACUUCCCAGCCCAUACCCGGCUUCAUCAUGCUGCCCCCGGACACUGACACCUCCAACAGGCACGACGAGGCGAUGAGCUCGCCACGGCUGGUCCACCGUCAGAGCUUCACUGCUGAAGACACUUACGGCAUCCUUGGCGCCAACCUGCCGGCGCUGGAGCUGAUGGCGCUCUACACCGCGGCCGCCAUGCACGACUUCGAUCACCCGGGGCGAACCAACGCCUUCCUGGUCACUACUAACGCUCCGCAGGCGGUGCUGUACAAUGACCGGAGCGUGUUGGAGAACCACCACGCGGCGGCCGCCUGGUCGCUCUUCCUCUCCAAGCCCGAGUACAAUUUCCUGACGCACCUCGACAGGGCUGAGUUCAAGAGGUUCAGGUUUCUCGUCAUUGAGGCCAUCCUCGCCACCGACCUCAAGAGGCACUUCGAGAUCCUGGCUGAGUUUAAUGCCAAGGCGAACGAGCCGGAUGCGCCCGGCCUGGACUGGAACUCUGAGACAGACCGGAUGCUGGCUCUAGAGAUGUGUAUCAAGCUGGCUGAUAUCAAUGGGCCGUGUAAGGCCAUUGACAUACACACGCAGUGGACAUCAAGAAUCGCUGAGGAGUUCUACGAACAAGGGGACGAGGAGGCGGCGCUGGGGCUGCCCGUGUCACCAUACAUGGACCGGUCCAACCCGCAGCUCUCCAAGCUGCAGGAGUCCUUCAUCAAUCACCUGGUGGCGCCCCUCUGCAACGCCUACGGCGAGGCUGGCCUCAUGCCCGGGGUGUGGCUGGAACCGGGCGAGGACGACGAGGUCGGCCAUGAACUCAACCUCGAGAUCAACAAUGAGGACGUGGAGGAGGAGGAAGAGGACGAGGAGGACCCGGCCACCAGCGAGUCUGACACCGCCACGCACACCAGCGGCCGCACGCGCAAGAUCUUCUGCCUCCAGACUCAACACCUUCAGGAGAACCACCAGUUUUGGGUCAACAAGAUCAAGGAGGAGCAACGCUUGGCGGAGGAGGAGGAAAUGGGCAACUCUGCCUCGGAGGAGGAGGAGGGGGCGGCAUCCGGCCCAUCGGAUGUGUCACCCAUGGGCUUCUCCGGCCAGCCCAUGGUUCUCCCCAUUAACGGCGACGAACCCAUGGAACCCAUAGAGGAGGAAAAGACCCCAGCCUCCAUCUCCUCCUCCCGCAGCUUCAGUUUUGAAAAAGAGGACUCAAAACUUUGAUGCCCGGCCUGUGUCAUAGUCUAAAUAGUUAGCUUCUUCCAAUAUUAUUACAAUUAGACUAUUGAUGCAGCAUAAUAUAGAGAAUAUUUGAAUUUUUGACUUCAUUAAUGGUGGUGGUGGGAAGAAGAAUGCAACGGUGCAUGCGCCUACCACAAGAGCCAAGGACCGCUCCCUGCACGUCUUCAACAAGAGCAAGCAAAGUCUGAUGUCUGGGCUUUGGUCUAAACCUGGCCUGCAGUCUGAGCUUUGUCUGGAGCAGUUUCUUACCUGAAACUGUGGUCUAGACUUCCAAUUACACUUUGGACUGCAUUGCCUACGGAGUUGAAGUAUAGGCCUUGAACUGUGAUCCUGAACGAGGUUUAGUCUUUGCUUGGAACUUGAAGUUUGGACCUCGUCAAGGUCAGGAUCCAGGAUGCACACUAUAUCGAAACUUCCCUGGACUGGAAACCACAGCCUUAAACGGAGGGGCUGAGCAGAGCAGAGGCCAGAGCUUCGUGCGCAGAGCAGAGGCCAGAGCUUCGUGUGCAGAGUACCUUCUUCGGUGGACGAGUCUCGAGGUGCUCAUGGUGGCCUCUCCCUACAGGGUGAUAGAAGCCACUCCUCCCCAGGACCCCUCAGAGAUAUUAUAUAAAAGGAUUUCAUGCAGAAUGGCUGGACCUUCAGAAACCCUUCAGGAGCCAACCGAGGAAAAUGCUGCACUUGAGGUCCUCUAGUUACACCUAUGGAGUACUUCACUUUGCGGCUAAAGUCUAAACGAUCAGUCAGAACCCCGAAUGAUCAAGAACUUUGAUGGUCCACUGGCACCAAAUUCUGAAAAGUGUACAUUAUUCAUAUCUACUUCGUGCAAUGGCAUAAUCAGUUUCGAUAGUGCCUAUGUUUUUUCCAGGCAGCAAAUGUCUGAAUUUGGUGCCAUGGAGCAGCGAAGUGAACGGCAGUUCUGCGCGGGCGUUCAUGGAGGCUCGGGUUGGCAACAAGCCGGCCAGCGAGAGGGACAAUGUCCCGCCAAGCUGGCCCUUAACCCUCAGACGUUCUUAUCGGUGUUAUCGUGGGAAUUAGAAUCACUUGUGAGUGUUCAGGACAAUGUUUUAUAUUUGGUCACAAUUGAUUUUAAUUAUAUUUCGUAGAACGACCAACAAAACUUUCUUUUAAAGGUAUAUAUAUAAUUUUUUGGUAAGUGACAGAGUGUCUAAGAAAAUACUCAGUGUUCUUUAAUCGAAGAACUAAGCAUUGUCAAUGUUUAAAUGGCAUAAUAAGAGGGAACAUUUAGGCCAUCCUCGCGGCUAGCAUUCAGCAAUCUUUACACGAUUGAAGGUAAAGAUUGAGAAGCCUUUUAACGUGUAUCUCAUCUCUAUCUCAAAGUCUGGUCCAUUCGUCAAAUAAGUGUACAGCCAGUGACGACAUCCCCUACACUUUAUUUUGUCAUUAGGUAUGUGUGAUCCAAAGAAUUUUAUUAAAUAAGGAAUUCUGUAUUUUUACCAACCUGUAGUAUCUUAUAGUUCAUUCUUGAUUAUAUUGUUCCAAAGACUUAAUUAUCUUUGUAAUGUAGAACACGGUACUUGGCAUGUGAAUGUGAUCUUCCACAAUCUUACGCGAUAUUUUGCCAUAAUGAAUGUGAUCUUCCAAUAAAAACAAAUCUUGUCCACGCAAAGAGGCGGUAUAUUCCUAUACUCGGCUGCCACCAGCUGCUCCUCCAGGGGAAGACGGGGCUGAAGGCCUCCAGCUUCGUCGACAGCCGUCUAGUCUUCAGAGACCUGGUGCUCAGUGAAGGGUCAGGCCGACGCUGGUGCCCCCGGUGAGUGCCUCGCCUUAGAGAGGACUUGUGUAUGUGCCAAACACUAAAAUUCCAUUACUAGUAAGUUCGUCCUGAGAAUUUUUUACGUAGCGUUCGUGGACUUGAUCUUAUGAUAACUGCUUCCAAAUAAAAGACGAGUUCUUGUGUUCGUAGAGUUAUAAAUGAAUUAGAAUAUUUAUUUUAGGUGUUUAAGUGUGUGUUUUAGCGAGGCACUCAGCAAAGCGGCGUAGCCAUGGCUCGACCACUCCCCAUAAGGCGUGAGACUUCAGGGCCUGCAGGUGAAAUGCUUCUCUGCUGGUGCAGCACAGACGAGCCAGUGUGAGAAUGGUGCUCCCGUCGGUAGUGUCCGUGGGCGUGUAGGCGUAUGUUUGAGACGCUCUUACUUGAGAGCGUCUGAGUUAGUCUCACCUUUGUAAGGGUGCUCUUGUGCAAGUCAGUCCUUCCUGCUUGAAAGGAGUUUGAUAUCGGUCCCUCCAAGACGCUUAAAUGCUUCUCAGUUAGUCGUUUUUCCCUGUGUCUUCCAAGAUGACAUGUCCAAGAACCACCGACAGCUGAAGCAGGAACUGCGGCAUUUGCCGCCGCAUUUCCAGCAUAAUGCUGAAACUUAAUUAUGAGGAUCAAUAAAAUAGCCGUUCUUUUAAGUUAAGAUUAAUUCUGGUUGUAAUGACCCUGAAACAAAUUAUUCCCCUCGACGUUAUGUGAUUAUGUAAUCACGCUGGGACCAAGUUCCAAGACCCCCUGUGUCAGACUCAUCUACCCACUGAGGACCGGGGAGACACCCACCAUGCCUAGCCAACCCGAUAUGGACUAGGCUACCUGACUGGUGGCUUGGCCUCUCAUGCUGGUGCCUUAGUCAACCCCGCAAAGUCAACUACCCUAGAAUUAUCCAAUGGUUAAAUACAGCCUCGAGCAACCAAAAUUACCAACAGUAUAUUGUCCUGGGCAGAGAGAGAGUAUCUCUCCCGACUUUGUAUCUCCAGCAUAAUAACAGCAGCAUUCGUAUUGGGUAGAUAAGGGUACUAGGCUGUGGACAAGAAAUUCGUGACUAAUUUUCAACACCAUUCAAGUCACUCGAAGUAGCAGGGGGGACUAACAAAGACUGAGAGCAUUUGUGUUGGAGGGAACGCGGGCCAGGACGUUUUCUUUGGUACAUGGAUUGAAGCAUUCACAUUUCUCUCUACAGAUUAUUUUGUGAUUCUCUAUGCCGUCACUACAGACACUUUUAUUUUUAAGAGUUAAUACAAGGCAAACGCCAUCUAGUCGCACCUGCGGGUCACCUGGUUACAGGUAAACACCAGUUAACCUCCAUGUGAAUAUCAGCUGACCGCCUUAUACUCAUCAGCUGAUCACUCUGUGUACAUCAGCUGACUGCCUUGUGUACAUCAGCUGAUCACUCUGUGUACAUCAGCUGACUGCCUUGUGUACAUCAGCUGGAGCCUUGUGUACAUCAGCUGACUACUUUGUGUACAUCAGACCACCUCGUGUUUAUCAGCUGACCGCCUUGAGCUUGUCAGCUGAUUCACAUAAACAAACCUAUUGAGCUUUUCCCGCCAAUAUGCGCCACAAUAAACAAACUGUGCCAACAUAUCUUCCAAUGCCUUCCUCAUCUGUGUCUGUCAGUCGGUCUGUCGUCUAUCUGUCGCGGUCUUGGGUGAACGCGGGUGCCCACACCAAGCAUAGGGAACUUUGAGAGAGGAAUUAAUUAGGGAAUAUGGUUAGCAAAAUAUAAACGGGACGAUAUCCUCUAGGGCAUUGAACAAGAAUAUAAAUGAGACAUUCUUGGACGUUUAACAAGAAUAUAAGGAUACUCAGGGAUAUAACAGAGCAUAAAGUGCCAUUGGAAUCCUUGGAGAUUCCUUAUUUAUGCAUAUUAUAUAUAUAUAUAUAUAUAUAUAUAUAUAUAUAUAUAUAUAUAUAUAUAUAUAUAUAUAUAUAUAUAUAUAUAUAUAUAUAUAUAUGCAUAAAAAUACAAACGUACAUAUUAACAAAAGAAAUACGUGUAACCUGCCCAAUUUCUUUAGCAUACACAUGCACGCACACACACACCUACCUACACACACACACACACACCUACCCACACACACACACCUACCCACACACACACACACCUACCCACACAAGGCAGCGCUUGAGGACAACAGCGUACAUACACCACAAUCAGGAGAAUCCAUCCUUUGGAACUAAAAGGUUCCCACUCUAUUAUAAGUUACCGACACAGUAUUCACACCCCUCGGCUGCUCGCUCGUGUGUCUACAUCACCUGUGGUGUGUCUACAUCACCUGUGGUGUGUCUACAGCACCUGUGGUGUGUCUACAUCACCUGUGGUGUGUCUACAUCACCUGUGGUGUGUCUACAUCACCUGUGGUGUGUCUACAGCACCUGUGGUGUGUCUACAGCACCUGUGGUGUGUCUACAGCACCUGUGGUGUGUCUACAGCACCUGUGGUGUGUCUACAUCACCUGUGGUGUGUCUACAUCACCUGUGGUGUGUCUACAGCACCUGUGGUGUGUCUACAGCACCUGUGGUGUGUCUACAUCACCUGUGGUGUGUCUACAGCACCUGUGGUGUGUCUACAGCACCUGUGGUGUGUCUACAUCACCUGUGGUGUGGCUACAGCACCUGUGGUGUGUCUACAUCACCUGUGGUGUGGCUACAGCACCUGUGGUGUGUCUACAUCACCUGUGGUGUGGCUACAGCACCUGUGGUGUGUCUACAUCACCUGUGGUGUGUUUACAGCACCUGUGGUGUGUUUACAAUAUUUAUUUAUUUAUGCACUAUUUAUUCUGUCACAUUUAUCAACUGCAUUUCAUCUAUCAUUGUUUUAUUAACUGUAUAAUACAAUAGAUGGAUGGACGUAUAGUGGAAAUAGACAAAUAAUGAUAUGCUAAGAUCGCUGUCUUAUGACCCAAACAAUCCUCAUUAAGACAGUACAUAUAUACCGACUCAGUGCCGUAUGUACAGAAUAUGUACUGUUGCACAUAACAGUAUUCAUUUGUACUAUUUAAAAUGCCUCUCGCAAAAAAAAUCCCUGCAACUGUUUACAAAUGUUUCAACAGCCUAAUAUGCGCUAUAUGAGGCAUAAGGCCUAGGAGGCAAUAUACCUCCUUAAUAUACUAUAAUACAAUAUACCUCCAAUAUAUAUAUAUAUAUAUAUAUAUAUAUAUAUAUAUAUAUAUAUAUAUAUAUAUAUAUAUAUAUAUGUCGGCUUCGAAUCAUACGGGUUCGAACACCGACCUUGCAAGAGGCCAGGCCGUCGCAGUACCGACCAGUCCAAGAGGUUGGGAUGGGUUUUGUAAGAAGCAAAUCGUACAAAAUAUAAAUCGUUAUCAACGUUCACGAUUCAGUAUUAUUGGACGUAGUUAUAUUUAAGUCUAGGUACUUUGUUGCAUAUAAUUAUGAGUAACUUAUACAAUAAUGGAGAGUGGUGAUUGUUUAGGCUGCGUUAGUGAGGAAGAUAAACAACAGAAGCGCGUGAAUACGGUGAGAAAUAUUUUUAGUAAUUAUCUCUCACCUGAUAAUAACAGGGGGGUGUGAACACGUGUCAUUAACUAUAGUAAUUGUAUAUUAAACAACACUCUGAUACGUAUGCAAAAGCGCGGGAUUUCUUAUAGGUGUAUAGAGGCAUAAAGAGGAUUUUUAUUUAGAGAUUGCGACAAAAAAUUAUAAUUAAUGACGAAAAAAAAUAUAAAUGUAAAUGAGAAAAAAAGGAAGCAAUUGUGAGAGUUGGUGUUAAAGAUAUAAGCUACCUCAAACCCCGGUUCUCUCUCUCUCUCUCUCUCUCUCUCUCUCUCUCUCUCUCUCUCUCAGACGGCAAACUCUCCUGUAUAUUUGGUGUCAAUAAUAUAGCAUCAAUGGCGGGAAAUAUCGCAACAGGGACAUUACAUUCACUCUCCCUUAAUUACAUUCACCCUCCCUUCAUUGUGUUCACCUUCCCUUCAUUGUGUCCGAGAGUGUUAGCCAAAUACAAACAAAUUAUAUUUUCAUGUAGUUUGAGGUGUCCAUGUACCGUAUUUCUCGGUAUUCUGUGUGAUGUUACAGGCACCACUCCUCGCUGGGGUAGCCUGAGGUCCCUUAACCCUUUGUUGGUGGUAUGUCCAGCCCUUAUGUAACUCCCAAACCCCCUUCCACCCCCCUUAUCUAAGCCCUUGGUCCCCUUAGGGGGAGGGAUGGAUGGAUGGGGAGGAGGGGGAGGGCGGUCUUAGGGGGGGAUGGGGGAAGGGAUAGUCGACACCCCCCCCCCCUCUUAGGGAAGACUUGUGUAAGUGUCAUGUAAUAAAGGAGAACUGAAA